UGGAGAAACUUCUCAAGAGAAACCACUAAUAGGAGGAACAAUGUCAACAGCAACCAUCCAACCCACCAUCGAAGACCAUCAGCAACAUCAAACACCACCACUCAUCGACCUAGAACUAGCAUCGCCAUCACUAGCAGAAGAACAAGAACAGGAACAACAAGAACAACAAGAACCAGAGCAACAACAGCAAAACUCAGUUGACCAUAGUCAUACCCAACAACCCACUACUCCUUCUCAAUCAGAAAGCCAAACACUCCAAAUUAACACCAGGAAUCGAGCCUCAUCCUGGUCACUCUUCCGUCGUAACUCAAUCUCAAGCGAUCGACCUGACUCACUACCAUCCAACCUACUCUCCAGAUUAACCACUCCAUCACAGCCCUCACCCCCGCCGAGUGCACCACUCUCAGGACCUACUAUCACUACUACUACUGCCGACGGCUCGACCAACCUACGUCAGACUCACUCCUCAACAGGCUCGGGCUCAUUCUCAUUAUCUUCCCUAGCCUUCGCACUCAAACGUCCCUUAAACCUUAACAGCACACCCUCACCAUCUCGUCUCUCUCCCCCUCAAGGAUCCCCUCAACAUUCUCCAUCAUCCACCCGGUCUACCCACGAACUAUCCUCUCGUGAUGCUGACCCAGAUCCCACUCCUUCUGUCCCGCCCAGACUGGUAGUCGAAAGCCCCUCAGAAGAUCCUCCUCCGGUCCCAUUCGACUUCAACCUCUUCCUCGAACAGAUGAGAUGGCCUCAGGCUGAACCUAUCGCUAAAUACCUUCGCUCCUUCUUGAAAGAAUUUACCAAACGUGCUCAUCAUCCAACUAAACAAACUGGCGUAGCAGAACAAGUUAAAGUCGUCAAUGACUUCCUCGACUUUAUUAGUAUUAAAAUGCGUGAGAUUCCAGAUGGCCCUUGGGACCCACGAACGUGUAACGAAGCGGAGUUUGACAAUGCAGUAGAAGCGAUGGAAAAGCUAGUGAUGAACCGAGUAUGGCACUUGACAUUCACACCGGCCUUGACGACUCCGCAACCCUCACAAACGGAUGACCUAGAGCGUGACACAGUGUUAUCGCAGAAGAUGAACCUAUUCAAUUGGCUCACUGACCGGCAUCUCGACCUCUCUCUUCCCUCCGAUGAAGCCGACGGAUUCAUGGAAUUUGCCAAGACCGAAUUACUAAAAAUUAACUCCUACAAAGCCCCACGUGAUAAGAUGAUCUGUAUCUUGAAUUGCUGUAAAGUCAUCUUUGGAUUGAUUAGACAUAUCGACCAAUCCGAAGGUGGCGCAGAUACGUUUAUUCCGAUCUUGAUCUUGGUCGUCCUACGCGCUCAACCCAAAACAUUGAUCUCAAACCUCCAGUACAUACAACGGUUUCGGAAUCCGGAUAAGAUGCAAGGCGAGAACGGAUACUACAUGUCAAGCCUAAAUGCGGCGAUUUCGUUUAUAGAGCGACUUGAACACUCGGUCUUAUCAAACAUCACUCAAGAAGAAUUUGAAUACAAUGUAGAACAAGCGAUUGUCAGCUUACCAAGAUCACCAGUCAUCGAAAACAUCAAAGCAAGUUCGGGGGGAUUUUCAGCAUUCACACAAGGAGCCAGUAGCAGCAACAGCAACAUGGGUGGAGCAGGAGGAGAGGCAGGAGGGACGGGAGGAGGCGGAGAAAGAGCAGACCCAAGUCCCACGACAGCCACGUCCAACAGAACCACCACAUCGACAUCGCUACCAGAUCUAACGCGCUCAUGGUUGUUCACGACGGUGCCUCAAUUGGCCGAGAAAGCGGUCAGCAAGCCGCUGAAUGCGAUUGCCCGAAUCGUCGAUGAUCUGGCCUCCGAAUCCGACGACCUUCAUCCGACGGAGAGACAGGGACUUCGACGGGCGAGCUCUUCGGUCGAGCAGCCGAUGGUCGAUCCGAAUCGAAGGGGCAGUCGAAGAGGCGGAAGGCCGUGGUCUGCGGAUUCGCCUCGGUCUCGUCAUUCCGACCUUGGCGCGCUCGACCCUUCUUCCUCUUCCUCUCCUACUAAUACCACUAGAAAACUGUCUUCUUCUUCUGAUCUCAUGCCGACUGGUCAUGAGAAAUCACAUCUCUCUUCGACUGAUGAUCGAAGAUUAGACCAAGAUCUCAGAAGAAUCGAGGCCCUCAAACGCGCCGAACAUGCUGCUAAAUUGGAUACCCUCGCUGCUAUCUUCCCCCAACUUGAGUCCGAGUUACUUGAAGUCGUUCUUAUCACUCAUCGUGGUACUAUUAGUAAAGCUAUCGACUCUUUAUUGGAAAUGUCUUGAUCUCUUCUUUUAUUUUCUGUCUUUCCUUUUCAACAGAAACUUGCCUUUUUCCAAAAAAUAUACCAUUUCUCUUUCUUUUCUUAAAUUGUUCAAUUAUCAUGAAAAUUUCAUUUCCUUUGUUUUGACCAUUAUUUUUUCCAAAAAAAAAACCCUCUCUUCAAUGUUUACCUUUUUCCUGAAUGAUUUUCCUUUUUUUUCAAUUCAACUAUUUUUUUUUUUUGAUUCAUGUAUGAUGAUGAUGAUAUUGAUGAAGAAGGUUUUAUUUUAGACAAUUACCUAGAUAGAUACACACAGCAUACACUUUUUUCCCCUCUUUUUGGCUUGAGCUUGAUGUAUAUAUACACACUUACACAAUCCAAA